AUGCAGAGCCCCUCUUUAGACACGCUGUGCAUGACGUCAAAUCCUUCAGAUAGCACGACACACUUCGUUGAACACAUCUACGAGCAACAUAAAUUCCCCAACACUUUGCAGCCUAUCUUCUGCACCCCAUUCUCUCUUUCAGAUCAUCCUCAAUUAGAGCGCAAGCCUACUCAGAAACGGCGCAAGGUGGUAGCCUACAGCACAUCGAGCCUUGAUCGUGGGAGAGACACCUACUACAAGGACUGGACGGUGAAGGACGCAAGAUCUUUCAAACCAGAGCCGACUUUGCUCACGGAGACAGAUUCAGAAAGUAUUACCACUUUGUGGGAAAAGGUCAGUAUGGCAGGUAGCGAGCGUACCCUGCGUUCACAAACAGUUUCUCAAUCUGCAUCAACGACUUCCAGUAAGAGGCCAAAGCGACCUUCACCUUACGACAAAGACUUUGAUUCCCGGAUUCUGGUUCCCCGCUCAAUCGCAAUUGAAUCGGGCAUCUCCGUCAAGGCCUACAUACAUUUCGGGGUCAAAGAGCCGACGGGAAAUCGCUUUCAAUAUUAUACAAAAGAAAGGGGAGCCAAAGAUUCAACACUAUGGCUAGAGGACGAUGAGGACUUUGUUAACAGGAUUGUGGCGGAAUACGUCUGCAUGGUCCAAAGCGGCUUUUGCGAGGCUGAAUUCGCGUUCUACGCCGCUGGGACAAUCUUGAAGGCAGAACCUCGUAACGUGAACCUGGCACUGAAGCGUUGCUGGAGAACCGAGAGAACGGUCCAGCUCUUCGCAAGACCUAUACUAAAGCAGUCAUCGAAUUGGGUUCAGCCGCCAGUCAUAUCCAACGACAAUCACGAUCAUUCGACAGAAUACGAAUUCGACCUCCGUCCAGAUUGUGCUUUCUGGUUAUCUCUUCAAGCCUUCAACCAAGAUUAUGUGACUCAACUUCAACGCAUGGUCUUCGUAAUCAAAAAACGGAUGACCUGCCCAUACCUCACAGUUGAAUUCAAAAAAGACGACGAAAUGGAGCAGGCAGCGCUCAACCAGGUCGCCGGGGCUGCGGCUUUAGUCCUCUACAAUCGCUUCAUCCUGCGGAAGAAGACCAUUGGAAUUCUAGGGAGGAGUUGGACGAAGUCGCUUGUAAAGACCCUUAGACACUAUGGCAUUACCUGGACCGGAUCGGAGUUCGACAUCUGGUGCAUCGUACCUGUACUGACCCCGGAAUUCGAAUGGGCAGGUUGUAAAAUGACAGAGGUCUAUCAUGGAGACUGUAUGAACACAUCCAGCGUGCGGGAAUUGAUCAAUUGGCUCAAUGAGAUCCACUGCUGGGGAUUGACUGUCCAUGGCCCUAGAUGCGAGAAGGAUAUCAAGUUUCGUAUGAACGCGCAAGAAUCUGGACUGAGGAUCUCUGACAUUGGCGUGGAUUCGGAAGAUGAGUCUGAUGGAUCAAAUUAG